UGAGUCGUCACAGCAACCACCUGCUGUAUGAUGGGCUAGGUUAGGGACUAUCUACCACAGUCCCAGUUGUCCCCCACCGCCCCAGUCCCCUGACUAUUAUCUGAGACAUGCACCAUAAACACUUUUCUCUCCUGCCACAGUGUAACUGAAGCAGGAGAGCAUGUCCAACACUCCACAAUAUGGAUUAAAUAGGUGUAAGUGGGUCUUUAAUAUUAGUGUUUGUCCGUACUGUCAGAUCUAAAGAUGACGGGCCAGCUGGCAGAGAGAGAUCGGUCUCCCCACAAUCUGUCAGUGAAGACCAGCUUGGAGGAGGAAAUCGAGAGAGCAGAGAGCAUUCUCAGCAGGGUCCCAUCGAUCUGUGAUGACACAUCCUCGGAGCUGCAAAGAGUCGCUGCUCUCGACCCUCAUGGAGGCAGUUCAAGAAAUUCUUUUCAAAGGACCGGAGCGAUCUCAAGACUGGUGAGCCUGGUGGUGAGACUGCGGGAAUGGGCACACAGGAGUCUUUUGGAGGAGGAGGAGAGGCCAGACUCUUUCCUGGAACGCUUUCGUGGCCCUGAGCUGAGAACGGCCCCCAGUCGCAUCAGCAACACACAACUGGAUGCCAAUGGCAACAAUGCCAAAGGGAUCUUUAGGAAAAAGUGGGAUUUGUUUGUGGUGUCUCCCUCCGAUGACGUAUACUACCGCUGGUUAUUUGUUAUUGCCUUGGCGGUGCUCUACAAUUGGUUCCUUGUUGUCGCGAGGGCAUGCUUUGACGAACUACAAGUGAGCAACUACAUCUGCUGGCUGGUGCUGGACUACCUCUCUGAUGCUCUAUACAUAACAGACACCUGUGUUCGACUCCGGACAGGGUUCCUGGAGCAAGGUUUGCUGGUGAAGGACCACGCCAAGCUAAGAGACAGCUACAUCCGUACAUUACAGUUUAAGCUUGACUUGCUGUCCAUCCUGCCCACUGACCUGGGGUACAUCUCCACAGGCAUCCAUACACCACAGCUCAGGUUUAACCGUCUGCUGCGCUUCCCACGCAUGUUUGAAUUCUUUGACCGAACAGAGACACGCACCAACUACCCCAACAUCUUUCGCAUCUGCAACUUGGUUCUUUACAUCCUGGUCAUCAUUCACUGGAAUGCCUGCAUCUUCUAUGCUAUAUCUAAGUCUCUGGGAUUUGGCUCAGAUACGUGGGUGUUCCCAAACAUCUCUAAACCCGGGUAUUCCACCUUGACUCAGAGUUAUGUCUACUGUCUCUACUGGUCGACUCUUACCCUUACCACCAUUGGAGAGAUGCCUCCCCCUGUGCGAGAUGAAGAGUACGUGUUUGUGGUCUUUGACUUUCUUGUUGGGGUAUUAAUCUUUGCUACAAUUGUGGGAAAUGUUGGCUCUAUGAUUGCCAACAUGAACGCCACCCGUGCCGAAUUUCAAGCUCGUAUUGAUGCCAUCAAACACUACAUGCACUUCCGCAAAGUCAGCAGAGAACUGGAGACACGUGUCAUCAAAUGGUUUGACUACCUCUGGACCAACAAGAAAGCAGUAGAUGAACAGGAAGUGCUAAAGAAUUUGCCAAACAAGCUGCGGGCUGAGAUUGCUAUUAAUGUCCACCUGGAGACCCUGAAGAAAGUACGGAUUUUUCAAGACUGUGAGGCAGGAUUGCUGGUGGAGCUUGUGCUUAAACUACGCCCUCAGGUCUUCAGUCCAGGAGACUACAUCUGCAGAAAGGGCGACAUUGGUAAAGAGAUGUAUAUCAUUAAAGAAGGGAAGCUGGCUGUGGUGGCUGAUGAUGGGGUCACACAGUACGCUCUCCUCACUGCUGGUAGCUGCUUUGGUGAAAUCAGCAUUUUGAAUAUCAAAGGUAGUAAAAUGGGAAAUCGUCGGACAGCCAACAUCCGCAGCUUAGGUUACUCUGACCUCUUCUGCCUCUCUAAGGACGACCUGAUGGAGGCAGUGACUGAGUAUCCAGAUGCUAAGACUGUGCUGGAGGAAAGGGGCCGGGAGAUUCUGAUGAAAGAGGGUCUUCUGGAUGAGAAUGCUCAGAGUGGCGGGCUACAGAAAGAGGACACAGAGGAGAAGGUGGAACGGUUGGAGUCCUCUUUGGACACCCUUCAGACUCGGUUUGCCCGGCUACUCAGUGAAUACACACACACUCAGCAAAGGCUAAAGCAGCGUGUCACUCUGCUGGAGCAUUUCCUCAAUCAAACAGACUGCUGUGCAGAGGCAAAUGUGAAUGACAUGGAUGAAGGUGCAGGGACAGUCACUGAAAAUGAGACUGGGUUUGUUGCCCAUACAGAUGGAUCACCAAUAAGACUUUAGAUCAAUACCUAACGGAAUAGGGAUGACUCUUUAAGACCAUAAGAAACCCAUACGAUGCAUUUUCUCUGCUUUUACUUGUAUUAUGUGAAGGUUUUAUCAGUUUAGCAAUUGCAAAGAGAAGUUUGCAUGUUAAUAAACAUAAGAAGAAAAUUUACAACACUGCUAUGACCAUGCAUUCUUUGAGUUCAUAAACCAGUGACACUGAGAUAAAGUUUUAAAGUUACUUCCUGAAUCAAACCAAAACAAAAGAUGGAAUACAUGAGAAUAUAUUUUAAACUGUAAAUUAAAGAUGUAUUUAAAUGCUACCAAAAUAAAGGGAGUGAUUCUACACUAAACACCCGAGACCUGCUCCAGUUUACAGUUUCUAGUUCACCUGUAAACAUCUUGUUUUUGCUUGCAUCAGCGGGAGACUCAGUUCUCUCCAUGUACUGUAUAUUGCGCUCUGGG